AUUGCAAUUUUGUAGCGGUUGAGUGAAGACGUCGAGUUAAUUCUCCGUGCUUUACCUCCUGUUUCAAAGUUGUGAUAUUUGUGUGGUAUUCGUGGGUGUUGAACAAUAUGAAGAAUAAGUGCUGUGUUCCGCAUUGCGAAAGCAAGCGUAAUACUGUUAUUCUUCAUCGUUUUCCAAAGACUGAGAUAGGACUCAAUAAGUGGUUGCAAAAGUGUUCCAAAAGUGGUGAUUUUAAGAAGUUUAGUUCCGAGGAGCUAAAUAAAAUGUUUGUUUGUCACAAACAUUUUGAAAAAAGAUUUGUGACUGCUAAAUUACGCCUUCGCCAGUCUGCGUAUCCUACAUUAUUUUCUCUUGAAGAAAUCAAUACGGGAAUACCUCUUGCUGAAGAAAUUGACAGUGAAAAUGUUACCCAUUUACUGGAUCAUAAUUAUUACACACAGAGUGUAGAGAGACAAAAACAUAAUGAUCAUGCCUAUUGCAAACAAAGAAGAUCACCACUGAGAGAACUUCUAGCACAAGAAAAUACAGUUUUAUACAUCAAUGAACCAUCUACAUCUUCAAAACCAGUCACAGAAGGUGCAGAUGAUGAGUUCAAACACAAUAAUAUGUUGACAGAAACAACAGUCCCACACAGUACAACUUUAAAGGUUUCCAGGAAACCUUACAUAAACAAAAAGAAAUUAAAUCCUGUGUCUUUAAAAUUACUAGCAGAAUAUAAAAAAGCCAAGAGGAAGUUAAAUUUUUUGACCUAUGCUAAAAAAGCUAUGAAAGUAUCAAAAAUGGGAUUGUUUGAAAAAUUAACAGCUGGUGUUCAUCCGUUAACAAAAAAGAUAAUUUGGAUGCAGAUUAGCCAAGCUACAAAGGAAACAAAAGGAAGAAGAUUUUCUGAUGACGAAAAAUUAAUAGCUCUAGCCAUUAUGAAGCAAGGUCCCAAGACAUAUAAAUUUUUAAGAAGAAUUUUUAUUCUACCUUCAGUGAGGACUAUAAAUAAAAUGAUACAAAAAUUAAAAGUUGACUCCGGCAUCAACACUGCUAUAUUUGAUGCUAUAAAAUCUGAAGUGCAAAACUGGCCAGCAUCAAAAAAAUACUGUAAUUUAAUUUUUGAUGAAGUGGCCUUAGAGCCUGGUCUUUCUUAUGACAAACACAAGGAUAAAAUAAGUGGCUUUGUGGAAUUGAACACCAUAACAAACAAUUAUGCAGACCAUGCUUAAGCAUUUAUGGUGCGAGGUGCUUUACACAAGUGGCAACCUAUAGGAUUUUAUUUUUGUGAAGGUGCUACUUCCUCUAAUAUUUAAAAAAUAUAUUAAAAGAGGUAGUUAAUGCAGUUACAAACACUGGUUUACUUCCUGUGGCAAUAGUAUGUGAUCAGGGGACAGCAUUUCAAUCUGCUAUCAAUAAAUUAAAAGAAGAAACCAGAAGAAGUCAAAUAUUGUUGAAUGAGGCUAUAGAUAACAGUAAAAAUAGGCAAGCAAAAUAUGUUUGUAAUCUAUGAUCCCCCACACCUUAUUAAAGGAAUUAGAAAUAAUUUUUUAAC